GCCAGUGGCCUGAGUUCUCUGGUGGCCGGAAGGUCUGGGUGGCCAGGGCUGGCGCCGGAGGAUCGCGGGCUCUUGGGUCAUGUCCGCCCAGGGGGAUUGCGAGUUCCUGGUGCAGCGAGCCCGGGAGCUGGUGCCCCAGGACCUUUGGGCCGCCAAGGCGUGGUUGAUCACGGCCCGCAGCCUCUACCCGGCUGACUUCAACAUCCAGUAUGAGAUGUACACCAUCGAGCGCAACGCGGAGCGGACGGCCACGGCGGGGCGGCUGCUGUACGACAUGUUUGUGAACUUCCCAGACCAGCCAGUGGUGUGGAGAGAAAUCAGCAUUAUUACAUCAGCAUUAAGGAAUGAUUCGCAGGAUAAACAAACCCAGUUUUUAAGAAGUUUGUUUGAAACGCUUCCUGGUCGGGUCCAGUGCGAAAUGCUCCUGAAGGUCACAGAACAGUGCUUCAACACACUGGAAAGGUCAGAAAUGCUCCUCCUGCUCUUGAGGCGCUUCCCUGAAACAGUGGUGCAGCAUGGGGUUGGCCUGGGGGAGGCGCUGCUAGAAGCAGAAACUAUUGAAGAACAAGAGUCUCCUGUGAACUGUUUUAGGAAAUUGUUUGUUUGUGAUGUCCUUCCUCUAAUAAUUAACAACCAUGACGUCCGAUUGCCUGCCAAUUUACUAUAUAAGUACUUGAACAAAGCAGCCGAGUUUUAUAUCAGCUACGUCACCAGGUCCCCUCAGAUAGAGAGUCAGCUUCAAGGUGCCCAAGAUACAUCUGAUUUAAUGUCUCCUAGCAAACGGAGCUCUCAGAAAUACAUAAUAGAAGGCCUGACUGAAAAAUCAUCCCAGAUUGUGGACCCUUGGGAGAGGUUGUUCAAGAUUUUGAAUGUGGUUGGAGUGAGAUGUGAAUGGCAGAUGGAUAAAGGAAGACGAAGCUAUGGUGAUAUUUUGCACAGAAUGAAAGACCUCUGCAGAUACAUGAACAACUUUGACAGUGAGGCCCAUGCGAAAUACAAGAACCAGGUGGUUUAUUCCACCAUGCUGGUCUUCUUUAAGAAUGCUUUCCAGUACGUUAGCAGCAUUCAGCCAUCCCUCUUCCAAGCGUGUCUUAACAGACAACAUAUUCUUCCCACUUUCAAGCAGAGUUCAGAUGACGAAGAAUGUGCAGCCAAAGGAAAGAAUCGUCACAUUGUGGUCAAUAAAGCAGAACUCUCUAACUCCGUUGAAGUGUUAGAAAGCUUUAAGCUGGCCAGGGAGAGCUGGGAGUUGCUGUAUUCCCUAGAAUUUCUUGACAAAGAAUUCACAAGAAUUUGUUUGGCAUGGAAGACAGAUACAUGGCUGUGGUUAAGAAUCUUCCUUACCGAUAUGAUCAUCUACCAGGGUCAAUAUAAAAAGGCAAUAGCCAGCCUGCAUCACUUAGCCGCUUUGCAGGGAUCGCUUUCCCAGCCACAGAUCUCAGGACAGGGGACCCUGGAGCAUCAGCGGGCACUCAUCCAGCUGGCGACCUGUCACUUAGCCCUGGGAGAAUACAGAAUGACCUGUGAGAAAGUUCUGGAUCUGAUGUGCUACAUGACCCUCCCCAUCCAAGAUGGCGGCAAGUCACAGGAAGAACCAUCAAAAGCGAAGCCCAAGUUUAGAAAAGGUUCAGAUCUGAAGCUCCUACCCUGUACCAGUAAGGCUAUCAUGCCCUACUGCCUGCGUUUGAUGCUAGCCUGCUUCAAGCUCAGGGCGUUCACGGACAGCAGAGACGACAUGGCACUGGGACACGUGAUUGUGUUGCUCCAGCAGGAGUGGCCGCGGGGAGAGAAUCUCUUCCUGAAGGCUAUCAAUAAGAUUUGCCAGCAAGGAAAUUUCCAAUACGAGAACUUUUUCAAUUAUGUUACGAAUAUUGAUAUGCUGGAGGAAUUUGCCUACUUACGGACUCAGGAGGGAGGAAAGAUCCAUCUGGAAUUACUCCCCAAUCAAGGAAUGCUGAUCAAGCACCACACCGUCACCCGGGGCAUCACCAAAGGCGUGAAGGAGGACUUCCGCCUGGCCAUGGAGCGCCAGGUGUCCCGCUGCGGCGAGAAUCUGAUGGUGGUGCUGCACAGGUUCUGCAUUAACGAGAAGAUCUUGCUCCUUCAGAGUCUGUCCUGACCGCCGCGCCCGCCUUGGCAGUGGCGGCAGUGUGGAUCUGAGAGUUGCUGGUCUCAUGUUCACCACUUAAAAGUGGAUUCCGAGAGCUUGAGAAGCCGAUUUCUAUUUUUAAGAGUCCUAUUUUGUAAGUUUUGUAAAACAAAGAGUCAGUCUGUUUUGUAAAUAAAGAAUGAUCUGAAAUU